UCUAUGUGUCGUUACCGCGGGCGGGUCUGGCUGAAGCCUGGGCAAGGGGCCUGAGGCUUCUCUCCAGCCCUAGAGCUCUGAGAGUUUUAGAUCCUGGGUGGAGAAGUCGAGCUUCCUGCCGGGCCAGACUCAACGGAUAGAUGUGCGCCAGGGAGGCAGGGUGGACCUGGGGUGCUGAGCCCAGAGCAUGUUCCAGAUCCCAGAGUUUGAGCAGAGUGAGCAGGAAGACUCCAGCCCUGCAGAUAGGGGCCUGGGCCCCAGCCCCACAGGGGACAGGCCCCCAGGUCUCAGCAAGCACUGGCUAACAGCCCCGGGCCUCCUGGGGGAAGCUGGUCACCAGCAGGGGCAGCCGGCCGGCAGCAGCCACCAUGGAGGCACUGGGGCUGUGGAGACCCGGAGUCGUCACAGCUCCUACCCCGCGGGGCCAGAGGAUGAUGAAGGGACGGAGGAGGAGGAUCUCGGCCCCUUUAGGGGCCGCUCGCGUUCGGCGCCCCCCAACCUCUGGGCUGCACAGCGAUAUGGCCGCGAGCUCCGGAGGAUGAGCGACGAGUUUCACGUCUCCUUCAAGGGGCUUCCUCGCCCGAAGAGCGCGGGCACGGCAACGCAAAUGCGACAAAGCCCUAGCUGGACGCGCUUCCUCCAGUCCUGGUUGAGCCGGAACUUGGGGAGAGGAGGCUCCGCCCCCUCCCAGUGACCGUCCGCCCCGCAACCGAAGCUCCCAACCGGUGCUGGUGGCCAUCUUGGGAGCGGGCGGAAGUCUUUUCUGCAGGCCUUACGCAAAAGGAGGCUCGGAUUCGUUCCUUUCGGAAGACUGAGGUCUGACCCAGAGUCCGAUCCCCUUCCGGUGUGUGCGAGGACCACGGAGGGGCUCGGCCCCCAUCGGAAGUUGGGAGUUUUUUCGCCCUUACCUGCCGGAAGCGGUCCCGUGACCCCGCCCCACCGCGCCUGCGCCAGUUGCGAGCCGAGAUUAACCCUAACUUCGCCGGAACCCUUUCCUCCGCGGUAACGCUGCGGACCUACGCCCGAUACUAAAAUGCUAAUAAAGCCCACGUC